CCUCGUACAGCUCUAGGCUCCUCCUUCUCUCCUACCUCUAUGAGUACCUACAGUCUGAGCUCCCUCAACAUGAGCACCCUGCCCAGGAACAUGUACCCCACCAGCCCCAGAGGAACCAUGAUCAGGAGGAAACUCAAGAAGAAGGACUUCAAGAGCUCACUGUCUCUGGCUAGCAGUACCCUGGGUCUAGCAGGUCAGGUUGUUCACACUGAGACGACUGAGGUGAUUCUGGUCAGUGACUCUCUCAUGGGGUUUGGCAUCCAGCUACAGGGGGGGGUGUUUGCCACAGAGACCCUGUCCUCACCCCCGCUCAUCGGCUAUUUGGAUCCAGACAGUCCUGCAGAGAGGUGUGGGAUUGUGCAGAUAGGUGACCGUAUCCUGUCUAUAAACGGGAUCCCUACAGAGGACAGCACCUUGGAAGAGACCAAUCAGCUACUGAGAGACUCCAGCAUCACCAGCAAGGUCUCGCUGGAGAUAGAGUUUGACGUGGCAGAGUCAGUCAUCCCUAGCAGUGGCACCUUCCAUGUGAAGCUACCAAAGAAGCCUGGGGUGGAGCUGGGGAUCACUAUCAGCUCUCCAUCCAGUAGGAAACCUGGGGACGCUCUCAUCAUCUCCGACAUCAAGAAGGGCAGCGUGGCUCACAGGACUGGGACUCUGGAGCUGGGGGACAAGCUGCUGGCCAUCGAUAACAUCCGGCUGGACAACUGCUCCAUGGAAGACGCUGUUCAGAUUCUCCAGCAGUGUGAAGAACUGGUCAAGCUCAAGAUCCGCAAGGACGAGGACAACUCAGACGAACAGGAGCUGUCUGGAUCCAUCAUCUACACGGUGGAGCUGAAGAGAUAUGGAGGCCCGCUGGGGAUCACCAUCUCAGGCACAGAGGAGCCCUUUGACCCCAUCGUCAUCUCCAGCCUCACCAAGGGAGGACUGGUAGAGAGAGGAGCGAUCCACAUCGGGGACAGGAUCCUAUUGAGGGGAAGGAUCCUUGCCAUCAACUGUAACAGUCUGAAGGGUAAACCACACACACAGAAGCCAAUUCACCUGCUGCAGAUGGCUGGAGAGUCUGUCACACACAGAUCAGAAACAGAGGCCAAGGACUUGGCCAGUCCCAAGCAACCGUCGGUGUCUGGUCAACUCAGUGAUGUGAUGCUGAGUGAUGUGGAGGACGAGGCAGGGUUAGGCGGGCUGGGAAACCAGGCAGAGAGCCAGAAACUUGGGAAGCUCUCUGACCUCUACUCCACCACCAUCCCCUCUGUGGACUCAGCCGUGGAGUCCUGGGACGGCUCGGCCAUAGACACCACCUUCAACGCCCAGGGAGGACAGAUCAUCAUGUCGUCCAUCUAA